AUGCCGAAAGAAUUGGGAAGAAAUGAUAUUGGAAUAUGGAAAAUAAAAAAAUGUCCUUCCAAAACAGUUUUUGUGUCUUCUGCUCAAAUAUGUUUACCAGAUAAGAGAAGUCGACUUAGAAAAAUUAUUGGGUCAAAAUUUUUGCAAUCCUCGUCGAAAGAGGAAAAGCCUUUAUAUGAUGGACAAAAGGCAAUAUUUUAUUAA